ACUGCUACACGGGGAUGGCCUUGCUUCAGUCGGAGCUGCUCCUGCCUCUGCUGCUGCUAGUUUUGUUUGGAAACACUGCGAAAGGACAGCGGGACCCAGAGUUGUUCUGUGGAGCCUGCAAGGCUCUUGCGGACGAGCUGACGUACGAUAUUAAGAAAAUAGGUCCAAAGAGGACUGUGAAUUCAGGGACGUUCCGACUAAAUCCUGACGGCACGCGAGGGAAGAAAAAGAUCCCUUUUGCAAAAUCUGAGACCUUUUUAACGGAUGUUUUGGAAAAGAUAUGCGAUCGGAUGAACGAUUACCAACUUCAAGACGAUCCAGACACAAAGGAAAAGAAAUUCAAGAGAUAUGCUCCUCGGAAGGAUGAGCCAAUCUAUGAAGAAUAUAAGAAAUACUUUUUUUAUUCUGAUGCUUAUAAGCCCUUAAAAUAUGCGUGUGAAACUAUCAUAGAACAGUAUGAAGAUGAAAUAUUCUCACUUAUCGCCCAGGAGGCAGACUUUCUGGCUGACAGGCUGUGCAUUGAAAAAUCAGGUCUUUGUCCAAAGCCUGAGACACAUAGUGAACUCUAGCAAAACAGCAGUCAACUAAUAUUACAGAUGAAGAACAAUGACUGAAAUAGCUCUACGGUCUCUGCCUUCCAUACUUAUUUU